AUGGCGUUGAACACCACGACCUUCCACAAUGUCAUCAACAACGAACUCACCUCCACCACACGCACCCGCCACGCCAUCAACCCGGCCACCCGCCAGCCCAACCCGGAGGUCCCCCUCUCCACUGCCGCAGAUCUCGACCGAGCCGUAACGGCAGCCCGCCAGGCAUUUAGCAAAUGGUCUCGGACCUCCGUGGACGAGCGCCGCGCGGCAGCCCACGCCUUCGCCGAUCGUCUCGAGGCUCAUACCAAAGACUUGGUGGCUCUCCUCACGCAAGAGCAGGGGAAACCCCUCGCGCAGGCGACCAUCGAGGUCGGGAUGGCCGUGCAAUGGGCGCGCGAGCUCAGCGGGCUCGUCCUCCCCGAGACCGUCCUCGAGGACACUGACUCCCGCCAGGUCAUCCAGCGCUACGUCCCGCUCGGCGUCUGCGCCGCCAUCGUGCCCUGGAACUUCCCCGUCCUGCUGGCCGUCGGCAAGAUCAUCCCCGCCGUCUACACCGGGAAUACCGUCCUCGUCAAACCCUCCCCCUUCACCCCCUACUGCGGCCUCAAGCUCGCCGAGUUGGCCACCCAAUGCUUCCCCCCCGGCGUCGUCCAGGCCCUCAGCGGCGGAGAUGACCUCGGCCCCAUGAUCACCGAGCAUCCCGGCAUCGACAAGAUCAGCUUCACCGGCUCCUGCGCCACGGGCCGUCGCGUCAUGGCGAGCUGCGCGAAGUCCCUCAAGCGCUUGACCCUCGAGCUGGGCGGGAAUGACCCCGUCAUUAUCUGUGAGGACGUCGACAUUGAUGCCAUUGUACCAAAGAUCGGCACCCUCUCCUUCCUCUGCUCUGGCCAAAUCUGCAUGGUCAUCAAACGCCUCUACAUCCACGAGUCCAUCUACGCCGAGUUCCGCGACAAGCUAAUCGCCUACAUCCAGACCCUGAAGUCCGGCCCCGGCACCGAAGCGGACGUCUUCUUCGGCCCCGUCCAGAAUAGCAUGCAGUACGACAAGGCUAACGAUCUGCUCAACGCCAUCAAAGCGGACGGUCUGAAGACGAUAUCUAUCUCCGGGAAUAGUCGUCCCGGCGCAGCAGCGGGAUACUUCAUCCCCCCCACCAUCGUGGAUAAUCCCCCGGACUCGUCGCGCGUCGUGCAGGAGGAGCCCUUCGCGCCGAUUUUGCCGGUGUUGAAGUGGGCGGAUGAGGAUGAGGUCGUGAGGAGGGCGAACGCGUCGGAGUAUGGUCUCGCCGCGUCGGUUUGGAGUCGGGAUUUCGCCCGUGCGAGGCGUAUGGCGGACAGGUUGGAGGCCGGGUCUGUGUAUGUUAAUUCGCAUUUUGAGUGCGCGCCCUGGGCGCCUUUUGGGGGGGUGAAGAUGAGUGGCGUGGGUACGGAGUGGGGGGUGAAUGGCUUGUUGGGGUAUUGUAAUUCGCAGACGUUGUGGCUGCAUAAGGGGUGA